AUGUUCGAGGCGCUAUGGGCCGCUGGUGUACGGUAUUGCUUCGUGAAUCUAGGAUCUGACCACCCCGCUAUCAUGGAAGCAAUGGUUAAAGGCCAGCAGGAGAGGCCGGACAGGUUCCCUAAAUUCGUCACUUGCCCUAGUGAAAUGGUUGCGCUUUCUAUGGCAGAUGGUUAUGCUCGAUUCACAGGAGAACCACAGGCUGUCAUUGUGCACGUCGAUGUUGGCACUCAAGCCCUCGGCUGUGCCGUACAUAAUGCCAGCGUCGGCCGCGCGCCUGUGCUCAUCUUUGCCGGUCUCUCUCCAUGCACUCUGGAGGGUGAAUACCGCGGUAGUAGAACCGAGUUCAUCCACUGGCUACAAGAUGUCCCAGACCAGAAAGCAAUCGUAUCACAAUACUGUCGCUAUGCCGCCGAACUGAAGAAGGGCAAGAAUAUCAAACAAAUGGUGAAUCGAGCCUUGAGUUUUGCCAAGAGUGAGCCCCGGGGACCGGUUUACUUGCAAGGGACUCGAGAGGUUAUGGAAGAAGUCAUCGAGCCGUAUGAUCUUCGACAGGAGUUUUGGAGUCCCGUGGAGCUUGGGGGGCUGACGCCGAAGCAGCUGAAUCUGGUUGCUGAAGCUCUGGUGUCUGCUCGAGAGCCUCUCGUUAUCACGGGCUAUAGCGGACGUGAUACAACCGUGGUACCUUUGCUCGUCGAGUUGGCAAACAUUGUCAGGGGCCUCCGGGUUCUUGACACAAUGGGUUCGGAUCUCAGCUUCCCUGCUGAUCACCCUGGCUGGCUGAGCGUCAGAUAUGGAUCGGAGAAGGCUAUCACCACGGCCGACGUGAUACUCGUCAUUGACUGCGAUGUGCCGUGGAUCAACACUCAAUGCAAGCCCUCCGAAGAGGCCAAGAUAUUCCAUUUCGACGUCGACCCUUUGAAAGACCAGAUGCCUGUCUUCUAUAUUGAUGCCAUUCUGCGUUGUCGCGUGAACACCAAAUUUGCCCUGGGCCAAAUCGUGCAACAUUUGAAGACCGACCUUUCAGAGCAAAUCAUGGCCAACAAUGAGCAUUAUACAAGCCGGUGGUCAGCUCUUCAGGCGUCAUACACGCGAAAGCUAAACGCCAUAGCUGCACAGGCAGUGCCGAACUCUGACGGAUCGUUCGGAUGCGGUUGUCUUAUUUCCAGUCUCCGAAAGGCAUGCCCGAUAGACACUAUCUGGGUCAUCGAAGCAGUCACCAACACCUUCACCGUGGCCGAUCAGCUGCAAGCAACCUUGCCAGGGAGUGUUUUUAGCUCCGGCGCAGGUGGACUCGGCUGGUCUGGCGGUGCAGCUCUUGGUAUAAAAAUGGCCUCGGAUUCCCUUCAUGGAGGGAAGGGCAAAUUUGUAUGCCAGAUCAUCGGCGACGGUUGCUUUCUCUUCUCGAUCCCAGCCAGUGUGUAUUGGAUUGCACAGAGGUAUGAGAUUCCAGUGUUGACUAUAGUGCUCAAUAACAAUGGUUGGAAUGCACCCCGGAAAUCUUUGCUUCUUGUUCACCCUGAUGGAUUGGGAUCCCAAGUCAGCAACAAGGAACUGAACAUAUCAUUCGAUCCCAAUCCGGACUACGCGACUAUUGCACAAGGUGCAUCUGGAGGUAAAUCUUGGGCGGGAAGCGCAAGCACUGUCGAGGAGCUGGCGACAAAGUUAUCCGAAGCGGUGGGUGCCGUUCAAAACGGCCGGUCUGCUUUGUUGGAUGCACAAAUACGAUAG